AUGCAAUUUGAUCCCGUCAAGUCGAGGGCUUGGCCUGGCAAGACUGUGCCCUAUCAAGCCUUGGACUGCAUCCAGUACCUUAGCAGAUCCCUGGCAAAUGUUGUGCCCAGGCAGUCACAAGUGGGACUAGCAACUGGGACAUUUUGCCGCCGAGCUCUGAAGAUAUUUGGAUUCAAGAUGAAGUACCUUGGGCUGCUUCUCUCGACCCUGGGUCUGGCAGUUGCCAGUCCCUACAUCCAACCUCGAAAGGUCUCGUACGAUGGGUACCAGGUCUUCCGCGUACCCGUCGGCCUCGAUGCAUCCAAGGUCACCGAGAUCGUGGACAAGCUGGGUCUGGACACUUGGAAGGCCCCUAACAAGGCCGGAGCCUUUUCCGACAUUGUUGUGUCCCCUGAUAAGUUGCAGGCGUUCAAUGAGGAGGUUGCCGGCAUCGAAGGCAUCGAGGUGAUGCACGAGGACCUCGGGGCUUCCAUUGCGGCUGAGCAAGAGCCUGCGCUCGACGUACUGGUGGACAGAGCCGCGGCGGCGAUUAACUCGACCUGGUUCACGGCCUACCACACGUAUGCGGACCACCUGUCGUUCCUUAGUGGUCUCCAGGCGCAAUACCCCAGCAACUCGGAGAUUGUCACGUCUGGAAACUCGCUCCAGGGUAACACCAUCACCGGCAUCCACAUCUAUGGCAGCGCAGGCAAGAAUACGAAGCCCGCUAUCAUAUUCCACGGCACUGUCCACGCUCGAGAGUGGAUCACCACUCUGACUGUUGAGUACUUUGCCAAUAUCCUUCUGAGCAACUACGCUUCCGACACCGAGACGAAGUCUUUUGUCGACAAGUACGACUUCUACCUCUUCCCGGUUGUCAACCCAGAUGGCUUCAUCUACACGCAGACAGACCGCCUGUGGCGCAAGAACAGACAGUCGACCUCAGGGAGCACCUGUCUUGGCCAUGACAUCAACCGCAACUGGCCAUACCAGUGGAACGUCGCCGGUGGUGCCUCGACGAACCCCUGCGCUGAAGACUUCAAGGGUCUUGCUGCUGGCGAUGCCCCGGAGAACAAGUCGCUCAGGGACAAGAUCGCCGCGAUCAAGGCCCAACAGGGUGUCAAGCUCUACAUCGACUGGCACUCCUACUCCCAGCUGUUCAUGACGCCGUACGGGUACUCUUGUUCCGCAGUCGCCGCCAAUAACGCUGAGCUGCAGUCUCUUGCCGGCGGUGCUUCCAAGGCGAUAGCUUCGCUUUUCGGCACGCAGUACACCUAUGGCCCCAUCUGCACGACCAUUUACCCCGCCACUGGAUCGAGUGUAGACUAUGUCAACGACGUUGUUGGCGCAGACUAUGUCUUCACAGUGGAACUCCGUGAUACUGGCCGCAACGGUUUCAUCCUGCCAGCAAGCCAGAUCCUUCCAACCGGCCAAGAGUCGUAUGAGGGUGUCAAGUACUUGCUCCGGAACAUGAAGUGA